GCAGAGCCCAACCUUGGGCUCGAUUUCAUGAAUUGUUAGAUCAUGACCUGAGCUGAAAUCAAGAGUCAGAUGCUCAACCAAUUGAGUCACUCAGGUGCCCCUAUUUCUGUAAUUUUUAUGAAUGAAAUCUCUAAAAUUUGUCUUUGGCAAUAGUGCCUUGAAAGGCAGACCUGAAGCUUUUUUUGUGUUGUGAUUAGAAAGAAAAGCCAAGAUUUCUUACUUUCAUAAUCAACAAACGGAUAUAAGGAUCAGGCUUUCAGAUGCUGAUUCCCUUUUCCAUUCCUACCACAUCAUCAUCUUUGAACACUUUUAACUCAGUGAUGCCAACUCUCUGCCUGCUGCUUCCUGGGCUCUGCUUUCAUCCAGCACAUCUGAUCAAAGGAAGCCAUGAGUGAGGAUGAUGCCUCUAGUAUGGAUCCAUUGAAACCUUCUCCACUGGACUGUGUCAGCAUGGUCUUGACAGUAUGGACAUCUGAUCUCAUCAUUUCCUGGUUAAGAUCCUUUCCUGGCUCUCAUUGUAUGUAAUACAAGCCCUCUGUGGUUUGUGUCUGGCUACCACUCCAGGAGCAUCUUGAAAACUUGGAAAUAGACCCACGCAGACAUGUUUACUUGAUUUAUGACAAAUCUCUUCAGCAAAUUUUACUGGAAUAACUGAUAUCUGAAUAAUCUUUGAUUUUUACUUAAUGGCACACACGGAAAAACAUUGACUGUUACUGCAUACCAUACAGUAUGCAAAGUAAGACAUUUGAUAAAUUGGACUUUAUCAAAAUGAACAAGCUUCACUCUUCUAGAGACAUGCGUAAGAAGACAAAAAUAUAAGCCAUAAACUGGGAGAAAAUAUUUCAACACAUUUCUCAGAGAACUUGUAUCUAGAAUAUUCAAACAAAUUUUACAACCAGUACAAACAUGGACAAAAAAAGCUUGACCAGACACUUCACAAAAGAAAAUAUGCAAAUGGCCAAUAAUCACAUGAAAAAGUGGAUACAGCAGUCAUUUAGAGAAAUGCAAAAUAAAACCUCAAUAUCACAACACAUCUACCAGGCCGGCUAAAAUUAAUAGGACUGAUCAUAUCAAUAGUGAGCAAGAAGACAGAACUACUGGAACUCAUACCCGUUCCAUUGCUGAGGAGAACGUGAAAUGGUGCAGCCACAUAGGAAAAUCGCUCUGUAGUUUCUCAGUUAAGCAUAUACUUGCCACAUGUCCCAGCAUUACUUGUAGGUAUUUACUUUAAGUUCAUGAAAACAUAUGUCCACUUGAAAGUCUAUACACAAAUGUUCAUAGCAGCUUUAUUUAUAAUGGCCCUAGAUUAAGAAAAAUUACAUGCUCAUCAAUAGGUGAAUGAAAUGACAUUGUGUUGUAUCCAUGUAAUGAAUGCAGUUUGUUGCAUACAAAUUACACUUUAAAAUUGAUUUGAAAAUCUCUAUGUGUGAGAUGUGUUUUUUAAAAGAUGUUUAUUUAUUCAUUUUGAGAGAGAGACAGAGCACAGGUGAGGGGCAGAGAUGAGAAUCCAAAGCUGGAAGCACAGAACAAGAGAUGAGGCUCGAUCCCACCAACUGUGAGAUCAUGACCUGAGUGCUUAACAGACUGAGCUACCCAGGCACCCCUGUAGGAGAUGUGUUUUUGAGUGUCUUCCUCUUGUGUACUCUAAAAUGUAGUGUUCACCAAUUAUUGUUGCAUUACAUAUAAUUGGAAAUGCAAAUACAUUUUAAUUUCUAGAAUAAUAGAACUAGUACAAUUUUGAUGAAGGAGGAGAAAUGUGUGUAUAAGAAAUGGAGUUACUUCUUAGAGAAUCAGAGGACUAAUGGUAAACAGACUAAGGAAGGAAUCAAGUUCACAUACUCAGACCUAAUCCAAAUUUAUUUUGUGUGUGAGACCUGUAGUCUCUCCAUAAUUAUAAAAUAACACAUUCAGAAAUGAUAAAAACAGGCAAAAUAUUUAAUUUGUUGACAUCUAAUGGGCAUGGAAUAUGACACACAUGAAGGAUCUACAUAUAAAAUGCAUAUAUUUGGAGGUAUGUGUUAGAAUGUCAAAAUGAAGUUCAAUCUGUCAUUUAUGUUUCUUUUCACUAUGUAGUGAUUCUUUCACUGACAUGUUUAUACCAUUACCACUAACCAUGAUCACGUAUUGAUUCUUUGUUUGCCUAGCUACAGUAAAUACUCUAUGGAUGUGAUUUUCCCCCAUGUCAAUCUUCUGUUGUUUGGUUUAUGACAUCCUGAUUGCAGGCUUAGUGAGAUGUUUAUUUGUCAACCAAUUAACCAUGAAAAGGAAGUAAAUGGAAUAUUUGUCUUAAACUUUAACAUAGUCAAGGAACUAUUUCUGAAAAGCAGAUUUCAUAUUUUGAAUGCCCUUAAUAUGAAUGCAUCUUAUCUCGUUCAACAAUUUGAUUCAGACAACACUGGCUGAUUUUAUGUCUGUUCAAGUCACCAUGGGGAGCAAUUUGGAAGAUGCAAAGAUGAACCAGAGUAUCCUGGUCCUCUCAAGUGGCUUCCCACAGUCUUACUGAUGAAUUAAUUGAAAGGUAAAUCUAUCUGUCAUUGUCAGGGCAUCUUGUCUCUGUGGUGAGUUUAGCUUAGUAAUUUUACUUAGUGUAAUGAAAUAACACAGUGUAAUACCAUGAGCUCAGCUGCAGUAAGGAAGAAUGUUUCUGGAUAAAAAGCUAAUGGUGUGUGGGGAAGACAGUCAGAACUAACCUGGGGUGGACGUUGGUUGCACAUCAAAUACCCUGCCAGUGUCAACAGCUUUUUAGUGCUUGGUGGGUGUCAUGUACCAUAUACAGGGACCUUCUGAAAACAGAAUGUAACCCUAAAAGAGAGACAAAGAACUUAUUUUGCAAGUGGGUUUUUCUUGUUCCUCAAAUCACACUCCUCUGGAAAUUCCCUCAACAUAGGCAAGUCUUUAUUAAAAUCCACAGAGAAUAUCACCUUGAUCUCCAGGGCAAGGCUGAGAAGUGGACAAGACAAAUAUAAUGUCUUCUCUAGAGAUUGUAGAAAUCAAUGACCACACUUGCCUGAGAAUACAGGUUAAUGUACAGUGCAGAACAGAACAUGGAAUACAUGUCCUAGUUUCUUUGUAGUACUUAUUGGUGGAAGCAAGAGAAGGGAUGGAAAUGAUGAGGUAGGUUGGGAUGUCUUGAAGGAGAGCAUGAGUUAGGUACUGUUUUCUAAACAGGGCACUAGACUGCUUCUUAACUGGCAAACUCAUUACUAAGGAACAAGUGUGAGAAGAGAAGAGAAGAAAGGAAAAAAGAAGACACCAAGGAUGGAAAGAGUAGGCAAUGCUAUCCUAUCAAUGUGAGGAUGUGGAGGAGAGAGGGCUUUGGAUCACUUACAAUUACACCUAUGGCUCCCCCUGUGUGCUGAGGUUUUAAAUCUUACUGGAUAGAGGAGACAUCCUAGCAGUAAGCUAUUCAGAGACAACAGAAGAGCAGGAAGGGGUUAUCUUAUACAACAUAUGAGGCACAUUUUGAUGCUGUCCUCUAAACCAAACAAUUGCCAGCUACACUUCCUGCUGGCUUCCCUCAGAAGACAAACAACUUGAGCUUUCACAGCCACUGGAUUUCCUAGGCAACAGAAGUGUAAACUUGAGAAAAGGCAGAGCCAGGGUAGGGAUUGACAGUGAGCUUAGCCACUUAAGCUGUGAAUCUGCUUCAGUGAUUUCCAAGCUGUGCAAUCAUCCUGAAGAGGGCGGCCAGCAAGUCUGAGGAGGGGAGGGAGCUGGGAGGGAGGUGGAUGGAGGAGCUGAGCCCUCCCAGGGGAGCCGGAGAGAGAGCGUCCCUAGUUUCAGAUCCCAGCAACCGGUGGCAGCAGGUUAGCAUUUAAGAUGGCGGGCACGGCACGUCAUGACCGAGAGAUGGCAAUCCAGUCCAAGAGGAAGCUCACCACGGCCACCGAUCCCAUUGAAAGACUCCGACUGCAGUGCCUGGCCAGGGGCUCCGCAGGCAUCAAAGGUCUUGGCAGAGUGUUUCGAAUUAUGGAUGACAAUACCAACCGGACCCUUGAUUUCAAAGAAUUUUUGAAAGGACUAAAUGAUUAUGCUGUGGUCAUGGAAAAGGAAGAGGCAGAAGAGCUCUUCCGGAGGUUUGAUAAAGAUGGAAAUGGAACAAUAGACUUCAAUGAAUUUCUUCUCACAUUAAGACCUCCAAUGUCUAGAGCCAGGAAAGAGGUAAUUAUGCAAGCUUUUAGGAAGUUAGACAAGACCGGAGAUGGAGUUAUAACGAUUGAAGAUCUUCGUGAAGUGUAUAAUGCGAAACACCAUCCUAAGUACCAAAAUGGAGAAUGGACCGAAGAACAAGUAUUCAGGAAGUUUCUGGAUAACUUUGAUUCACCCUAUGACAAAGAUGGAUUGGUGACCCCCGAGGAGUUUAUGAACUACUAUGCAGGGGUGAGCGCAUCCAUUGACACUGAUGUGUAUUUCAUCAUCAUGAUGAGAACUGCCUGGAAGCUCUAAAUAUUCUUCUUCCUCUUCAUAAGUGGAAUUUAUUUAUGGUUUCUCUGGAGUGUUACACAAAUCCUAGCAGCCAUUGAACACGGGUGAUGCAAUUUCUGUUUCACCAAAGUUCCUGUGAGCGCCGUGGGUUUCCUGUUCCCACUCUCACUCCCAACAUGGGGUCAAGUGGCAGAUAGCCAAGAUAUGCACAGGGUCAUACCCAUUACGCUGCCCAUGUAACUAUCAUUCAUCUCCAGUUUCAUUCUGCUCUAGGUCCCAUAAUAAAUUUAAGAUGGACCCUGUGACUCAGAGCUCAAGCACCUGAAAUUUGAAGCCAGACCUGAGUAUGUAGCUUGUAAUCCUGUCAUGAAAGACUUGAGUUACUUUUUCUUUUUCUUUUUUUUUUUUACCAACCUUAAAAUUUGGCGCUCAGACACUGGUAUUGAUUCUGGGAACAUCUCGAUCUUCAAUUUGAAAGGUUUGAGUUGCUUGUCUCCUAGAAACACUUAGGCCACAUGCGGAACUGAUGACAAUCAGUGCUCGGAGAGAGCCUUAGAGCAGGAAAGGAACCCAUAAUUGAGAGAAAAUGACAGAUGGCAGAGUAGUUUGCUCUUGCCACGGUUAUAGGGAGCCCCAAAGCACUUCCACCUUGAUGGGAUAAAGUGCAACAGAAAUGCAGGGCAUUACCAAACGUCAGGCACUGACUUAAUGAGACCCAGAUCAUUCUUUUAGUUUCCAAGGGGGACUGGAAAUUAAAUUCUGUUCCACAGAUUGCAUACUUAGUCAUGCCUCAAAUCUCAUUUAGCAAUAUCAUUCAGCAUUCAUUUAUUUAAGAUUAUCUUUGAAGCUGCACAGUAAAUACCAUAAAUCACCAUUAAUUUAACUUUGCUAAUUGAGUUCAUUUAGAUAGGGUUUGAAUCAAAAUUUACUUUUGUUUCAUCUAUACUAAAGAGAAUGAGCAGGUCAGUAUAUAAAGAUUAUAGGAGCUGUGCUUACCUACAUUCAUGUGUGUUUUAUAGGUACUUGGAGAUAUCUAUUUGCAUAUGGAUGCCAUUAGUAGGCUAGUGCUAAAAAGUUCCCACAUAUCUCAAAACCGUCCUAGGCCAAUUGUUUGAUGGCAAAGCUUUAUUUAUGCAACUGUACGUAACACAAACUAUUUUCUAGAUAUUGAGGCAUUCUUAUAUGUAAAUCCUAUCCUGAUUGUAUUUUAAAUAGAAAUUGAAGCUGAAAUAACAAUGUUUUAUAAGGCACAAUUUCCAUGACAUUUAUGCUAUAAAUUUUAAAAUAAUUUGUUUAAAAAGUUAUACAUGCUUAUAGUAGUAAGCUACAUAUGCAUUGAAAGUAAGAAUUUGUCAUAAAAGCAAUAGUUAGGAUAUUACUUCAAGGAACCAGAAAUUGAGAAGUUUUUGAGUUACAAAAUUAGAUAUGGUUUAAAUAUAUAAUAACAACUUUGUCAUUGUUAUUUUAUCAUACCGUGCCUUGCCAUUAACAUGAUUCUGAUUUAAUAGAAUUUCUUCAAUUUAAGGCUGGAAAACAUUAACGACCCUUGUAGUAAAAGAGUUCAUCUAGUUUUUAUUUCUGUUUUAAGGUCUUUCUAAAAUCUAUUUCUUCUUAAUUAGCUAACAUGUUACAUAUCAUGCUUCUUUAAAAGUUUACUUCCUAGAUGGUGCUUUUGGAUCAUUUAAAAAUGUUAUGUGUGUGAUAUUUCAGUUUCAGGUUAUGGAAUUUAUUCUUUGAAAAUGAUGAGGCCCUGUUCAAACUGUACUUGCUCAUGUUUUUAAAAGAACAAAAUGUAAUCCACCCCCCCCC